AUGGCGGGCGGCCCGCCGGGAAUGGUCCAGAUGCCGCCCUUCGUCGACCAGAAUGGCCUGCUCGACGGCAUGGACGUGAACAUGCUGUCCAUGGACCUCGAUCUGGGAGCCAUGGGCCCCGACCGCGACGCCCCGACCCAGUCGUACAACACCCCGAUCGCCGCGCAGCCGCCGCACUCGCAGUCCACCCCGGCCGACUCCCACGACGCCUUCGCCGUCCAGCCCACCGUUUCCACCAGCUACUCCAUGUCCGGCAUUGGCGCAGGCCCGUUGCCCACCGGCUUCGGCAUGCCCAGCCAGAACCCGUCCGGCAGCACGCUGACCGAGUUCACCAAGCGCCGCAAUUGGUCGCAGCGCGUCAUCGAGGAGCUGCGCGACCUGCUGCACAUCCUCACCCCCGACGGCCGCAUCGUCUACGUCUCGCCCUCCUGCAAGGCCCUCACCGGCUGGGAGCCGCAGCAGCUCGUCGGCCGCAUUGUGACGGACUUCAUCCACGGCGAUGACAGCGGCAUCUUCAUCCGCGAGUUCAACGAAUCCAUUGCCUCGCAGAACGCGCUGCGCUUCUUCUACCGCUUCCGCAAGGCCGAUGGUUCCUACGUCAUCUUCGAGUCGCAUGGCCACGGCCACUUCGACCAGCAGGCCCCGAGGUUUGCAGGUUCGAGUUCCUUCGCCUUUUGCAGAGGUUUCUUCAUGAUGGCCCGGCCGUAUCCGAUCAAAAACACCUCCUUGUUGGACUCCUUCCUGGAACACAAGAUCGAGAACGAGCGCCUCACGAAGCGGGUUGCGGAACUCAAGCGCGAAGAGCAGGAGGAGCAAGAGGCUCAGGACCGGCACUGGAUAAAGAAGCAGGAAACGCCCGGUAGCGUCACGCCGUCUGCGACGGAUGCGACCAAGACAGGAAAUGAGACCCCCAUGUCCAACAGCGGUGGUAUGCCGCCGCCACCGCGACCCGGCGUUUCCAACGCAGCACUCACGCGCCAAAACCUGGAUGAGGUCCUUGCAGCCUCGAAACCGGAUAGCAUCAACGACAAGAUGGCACGCUACGAGGGCGCCACACACAUUGAUACGAUUGAAAUGCUUACUGGUUUGAGAUACCGCGACGGAGAGAGGUCGCAGGGUAUCAGCACAGGGGACACAAGUCCGGCUUUGAUCAGAGGAGAUGCGGGCAUCGCGAUCCUAGUCGACAAGGACAAUAGAGGAAGUUCGGAUAAGAAGAAGAAGUUGAAGGUUGCGGAUGAGUACGUGUGCACAGACUGCGGCACGCUGGACUCGCCCGAGUGGAGGAAAGGCCCAAAUGGACCCAAGACUUUGUGCAACGCCUGUGGACUACGAUGGGCGAAGAAAGAGAAAAAGAGGCAAAGCUUGACUACGAAUGGAACCCAACACCCACCGUCAUUACCAAUGGGAAAUAGCAGUGGUAGUGGCUAA